AUGGCUGCCAACAAGAAUAAGAGCCAGAGCUCCUUGGCUCUCCACAAGGUGAUCAUGGUUGGCAGUGGGGGUGUUGGCAAGUCAGGGACUCUUCAGUUUAUGUAUGAUGAGUUUGUGGAAGACUAUGAACCUACCAAAGCGGACAGUUACAGGAAGAAAGUGGUUCUUGAUGGUGAAGAAGUUCAGAUAGAUAUUCUGGAUACUGCGGGGCAGGAGGACUAUGCAGCCAUUCGAGACAACUAUUUUUGGAGUGGGGAAGGCUUUCUCUUAGUGUUUUCAAUCACAGAACAUGAGUCCUUUACAGCAACGGCCGAAUUCAGGGAACAGAUUCUCCGAGUUAAGGCUGAAGAAGAUAAAAUUCCACUGCUAGUGGAAGGAAACAAAUCGGACUUAGAGGAGCGGAGGCAGGUGCCCAUUGAGGAGGCCAGAAGUAAAGCCGAAGAGUGGGGUGUGCAGUAUGUGGAGACGUCAGCUAAAACACACGCCAACGUGGACAAGGUGUUCUUUGACCUGAUGAGAGACAUCAGAGCCAAGAAGCUAUCAGAAAACAAAGAGAAGAAUGGCAAGAAAAGCAGCAAGAACAAGAAGAGUCUUAAAGAAAGAUGUUGCUUACUCAGAAUACCAAGACGGAUGGUGGAAAUAAGGCAGUUGCCACUAAGGACACAGGGCUGGGUUUGCUUCGAGAAGAUUGUGUUUGACUUCCUUGAUUGCGCUCCGCUCUCCACAACCUCACUCACACACUGA